AACAUGUUUAAUUAAUAUAACUUAUAAUGCUUACCCUGAUUACCCAAUGAAAACACGAACACCAACGCCAGUGGAACAAAAUGUAGAAAAAUGCUUCAUUAAGUUAACGAAGAUUAAGUUUCAUCGAAACAUUGAACCGUAAAUGACUUAAUAGGUUGAUUAAUGAAGUACUUGAUCGCAAUGGUCAGUUCUCAGUUGGAUCGUAUCCCUGAGGGGACACCUUUGAUCGUAAACUUCCGAUGGUUCUGUAGUUUUUGAGAGGACCCAAUGGGCUCAAAUAUGAGAUCCGUAAAUGGGCCAAGAGACCAAAACUACAUUUAGUUGUAAAGGUCAGUUGCAGUCUUGGCACCAACUUCUCUGACUCUCUUCCCUUCCACUCUCUCUCUGUCUUGCACUUCUUCAAGUCCUUUCUGCGAUGACCACCCUUUACAUGCCCUUAUUCAGAUCAUGCACCAACCUUAGAUCACUGGCACAACUCCAUGCCUACCUUUUAGUCAGUGGGCUUCACCAUGACCCGCUCCCUUCCACCAAGCUCAUUGAAUCCUAUGCGCAAAUGGGUUCCUUUCAAUCUUCAAAACUUGUUUUCAAAACGUUCCCCAACCCAGAUUCUUUCAUGUGGGGUGUUCUAAUAAAAUGUUCUGUUUGGAACAGCUUCUUUCAGGAAGCCAUUUUUCUCUACCAUACUAUGAUAAACAACAGCCAAGUCCAAAUCAGUAACUUUAUUUUUCCUUCUGUUUUGAGGGCUUGUUCUGGUUCUGGUCAUCUAGGUAUUGGUGGAACGGUCCAUGGGACCAUAAUAAAAAAUGGGUUUGAUGAUGAUUCUGUAAUUCAGACAUCACUUCUCUGUAUGUAUGGUGAAUUGGGAUGCCUAAGUUAUGCUAAGAAAGUAUUUGAUGAAAUGCCAAUAAGAGACUUGGUUUCGUGGAGUUCGAUUGUUAUGAGCUAUGUUGAGAAUUGGAAGGCAAGUGAAGGGUUGGAGAUGUUUCGUUUAAUGGUUUUGGAAGGUACUAGACCGGACUCGGUAACAAUGCUUAGUGUAGCUGAGGCUUGUGGAGAGUUGGGAUUUUUUAAAUUAGCAAGGUUGGUUCAUGGUUAUAUAGUAAGGAGGGAGAUUGAAAAUGAUGGUUCAUUGACUAAUUCUCUUGUUGCAAUGUAUAGCAAAUGUAGUGACCUGCGUAGUGCAGAGAGGAUCUUUCUAAAUGUAACAAACCGGAGUGUUGCAUUGUGGACAGCAAUGAUAUCUAGCUAUAAUAGAAGUGGUAGGCUUGCAGACGCGUUAAAAGCUUUUUUUGAUAUGUUGGACUCUCGAGUGGAACCCAAUUCAGUGACCAUUAUGAGUGUUUUAGGUUCUUAUGCAGGGUUAGGUUGGCUUAGAGAAGGGAAGUCGGCUCAUUGUUACAUAAUUAGGAAAGAAAUGGAUCCUGAGUAUGAUGUUUUAGGGCCAUUUUUCAUAGAACUAUAUUUGAAAUGUGGGGAGUUGAACUACGCUGAGAAAGUUCUUCACAUGGUUGGAGAACGAAAUAUUGUGUCAUGGAAUAUGUUCAUAUCUAUAUGUACUGGGAAAGGGUUGUUAAUAGAGGCAUUGGUAUGCUUUGUGCAGAUGCAGACCAGGGGAUUAAUGCCUGACUCUUAUAGCCUUGCAAGUUCUCUCUCAGCUUCUGCAGAUGGAGGUUUAUUGCAAAUUGGAGAUCAGAUACAUGGUCAUAUUAUAAAAAAAGGCCUUUCAGAUGAGUUUGUACAGAAUUCGCUGAUUGAUAUGUACUCAAAAUGUGGUUUAACAGAAUUAGCAUACAUGAUAUUUGAUAAGAUCAAAGAGAAAAGUGUUGUAACAUGGAAUUCUAUGAUUUGCGGAUUUUCUCAAAAUGGUAAUUCUGUACAGGCAAUUAACCUCUUCAAUCAAAUGUACUUGAACGCUCUUGAGAUGAAUGAUGUCACCUUCUUAAGUGUACUUCAAGCAUGCUCCAAUUUGGGUUAUCUUGAGAAGGGAAAAUGGCUUCACCACAAGCUCCUUACCUACGGAAUAAGGAGGGAUCUCUACAUUGAUACAGCUUUAACUGACAUGUAUGCCAAGUGUGGAGACCUUCUAAUGGCCCAAAGGGUUUUUGAUAUCAUGUCAGAAAAAAGUGUGGUGUCAUGGAGUGUCAUGAUUGCUGGAUAUGGAGCACAUGGUAGGGUAAAUGCUGCCAUCUCACUCUUCAAUCGAAUGGUAGAGUCAGGUGUAAAACCUAAUCAAAUUACCUUCAUGAACAUUCUUUCAGCUUGUAGUCAUGCAGGAUCUAUCGAAGAUGGAAAGUCAUUUUUUAACUCAAUGAGGGAUUUCGGUGUUGAGCCUAACUCAGAACAUUACGCUUCUAUGGUUGACCUUCUAAGUCGUGGUGGUGAUCUCAACGAAGCAUAUAGAAUCAUAAAAUCAAUGCCAUUUCCUGCAGAUGCAAGCAUUUGGAGUGCCCUGCUUAAUGGUUGUCGAAUCCACCACAGGAUGGACAUGAUCAAAACCAUUGAGCAAGACCUUUUAGAUAUUAAUACAGAUGAUACUGGUUACUACACCUUGUUAUCAAAUAUAUAUGCUGAGGAAGGAAACUGGAAGGAAUUUGGGAAGUUAAGAUCAGUAAUGAAAAGCAUAGGUCUUAGGAAGGUUCCUGGCUAUAGCAUAAUUGAGCUUGAUAAGAGAGUUUAUAGAUUUGGAGUUGGAGAUACUUCUCUUUUGAAAACUGAGGAAACUCUGAGUUUUUUGGAAAAUUUCCAAAUUUUGGCUCAAGAACAAGUUCGUAAUUUAGAAAACAAUAAUUCGAUGAUUGAUGCUGUCAUAAUUUCCAAGGAUGUUUACUGAAGAAUCCCGCAGAGUAAAUUGUGUAUAAGCAAAAUGCUGGGAAAGUUGGGCUUCAAUUGGCAGGAAACCAAAAGGAACUGUCUAAGCUGAUAUCUUGUUAUGGAUACUUUGUACAGAGAAACAGUAAACUAGUCAUAGAUAUUUUGACCUGUAUUAGCACAUCCUUUACGGUUAACAUAGCUAUGGAGCAAAUUUGUUUGUGAACCUAAUCUGUUCAGGUGUAAUGCAUUUUCCAACCAAAAGAAACAAACAUAGAAUUUGGAGAAACCUCUUAUAGUACGUCUCACUCUACCUCCAUAGAUCGAGCUCUUUAUGAUAUACAUGAUUAACAUCGCGGACACGGCGCUUCCUGUCCGUUGAUGAGUUAUGGCAUGAAUUUCAUUCAUGAGUUAUGGCAUGAAUUUCAUUCCCCAGUAUAGGAGCUAAAGGAGAUGUAAAGACUGAUCAUUUGUAUUCAUUUGCACAUUUUACAUAAGAGAAUAUCAUCUUAGCAAGUUAGAGGUUUUAAGGCAGAAACAACGCUAAACCUGGGUCACUACUCAAAAAACAAAACAAAGAACUAUGGGGUGGAAAAUUCACCCAAAGAACUUCUAACCUCUAACCCUGUGGGAACUGAACAUUUUUCCAGAUUUAUGAGUCACUUAAAUUGACAACAGUCACAAGGACAACCUUGCACUCUGGACCACCAUCUGUCAUAGAGUAUUAAUGCUG